AUGGUCCUCGCCUUGUACGGGUCUCGAGGGAGUAAAUGGGGACAAAGGCAUGGUAAACAGGCCGCUCUGAUCUCAGCUUCCUUCUCGUACGCCAAGCACUGGAUGUUAGAUUUGUUGCUAUCAAUUGCACCGCACGCCUUUGAAGGCCGAGAUCAGGAGGAAGGAGAUCAUGAUGGCCCCGGAGAUUCUGAAGGCCCCGGAGAUCAGGAUGGCCCCGGAGACUCUGAGGGCGAAUAUGAAUGGGGAUCAGAAGAGUGGUGGGAUGAUGCACCUGUUGAUGAGAACUUCAACCCUGGGGGCUACGUGAGUGCCAUUUGGCCCUUCGUGAAUGCUCGGUGCCCCGCGCGCUCCGAACUCAGUGGCAAGACCCCGUGUGCAUUCGAGUGCAGAUACGAUUACGACUGCCCUUCCAUGAUGCUCUGCUGCCCAAACGACUGCAGCCGAGUUUGCGUUGUGCCGGAUAUUGAUCAUGGUCCAACUCAGUGCGGCUGCUCUGCCACUUUCCUUAGCGACCUAGACGAGUAUAAUUCAAAUCCUACGGACAUCGCAAGGGUCAGCAAUUUUGUGUGGAACGUCCUCCAGGGAAAUUUGUCUCCCUCACUCGAGCCUCAUGCCUUCUUCGGCUCACUCUACAAUCGUGACUGGCUCGGGGCAGACGUGAAGGACAACUGCACGAUGGAACUGAGAGUACAGCUUCAGCAAAUGAGUUAUCGUACUUAUAACCCCUUCACAAGGGAUAUUAGAAUGAUGUUUGCCAUCAUCACGAACCGAAACUCCACCUUAUUCCUAAAAGAUUUGAAGAAUUUCCCUGCCAUCUUCGAUCCGCUGGUCGUCAUCAAGGUCGGCGACGUGGAUCCCAUGCUGGACGGCGAUGUUGACAAACUUAUUGCAGUGGACAGUUUAGCUGAACUGGACAAAGCUGUUCAGGAGGCUACAGGAUACAUCACCGAUUUUUGCACCUGUGAUGAUGCGCCAGAGGCUGAGAAUUCCUGUUUAGAGGCUGGGGAGCCAUGUGAAGGAGACUGCGACCGAUUUGCAUUUGUCUGUGAUGAAGGAACCUGCCAGCGUGAUGUGCCGGAAUCUGUGCCUACAACUUAUAAGAACUAUUUUGGUGAAUUUGAAGAUUAUUAUUACUAUGAUUAUUAUGAAUAUGAUGAUUAUUACGACUAUUUCGACAUGACGAAGGCAAAGCCUGACGUAAAGAAAGAAAUUAAUUCAAAUAAUCCCCGACACAAAAACGGCUCUCAGCCAUACACAAACGGUCGCAUAUUCCCUGCAAUUAUAAAAAAGAAAAACACAACCCAGAAAGAGAUACCCAAGAAAAACGAAAACAAAAAAUCUUUCGUCCAGCCGACACCGUGCAGCAAAUCUAUUUACACGGAAUGCAUGGGAUACCUCUCUAAGGAAGACAAGGAUAAAUGCAAGGAGAAGAAAGCGAGAGAAAACUGCACCAGACCAGAUCAAGACUCUCUGCACAAGAAGAUGGCGAUUUUCGAUGAGGGACCGAAGAGAUAUCUCUACCGCACGCUGGACCACACUGGUCACUGCGCUGCUGGACUAUUUAGGUGUUCUGGGAUUCCGACUCUCUGCCUGUACGGCGAACUCCUCUGUAAUGGUGAAGAUAACUGCAUGUUUGGAGAAGACGAGGAUGAAAGUUUCUGCUCAGCACGCGAAUGCUUGGUCACAGAGUUCCGGUGUACUUCCGGCCAGUGCAUCAAGAGGAGUCAGGAAUGCGAUGGCAAAACAGACUGCUUGGACGGCAGUGACGAACACUGUGCAAUUGCACUGUCCCCAUGGUGA